CAUCCUUGCCUGUCUUUGCCCCCUUUUUGCUCAGCCAGGACCGUCCAUCUUCAACCGAAAUCAGAAGCUUUGCAACGAAGCAUCGGUUCACUUUGCAGCUAGCCAAGGACCAUGGGCCUCUACUGGAUCGUCCCCCUCCUCUGCGCCCUCGCGUGGCUCACUAACCUCGUCGGUCUCCUCGGGUUUUGGCGCGCAGACAACUUCAGAGCGUACAAGCGUGGUGAAGCAGAUAUUGUAUUUGUGUCGGACAUUGGCGCAGCGCACCAUGCAUUCUUCAUUGGACUUUCCUGCACGACCGCAGGCCUCUACAUACUGACUGUUCUAAUCGAACGGCAGCUGCGCCAUUCCCGACGGAUCCCAGGGUCAGUUCGGCGGCGCACGACAGUCUUCGACGUCGCCUCGGUCAUCUUCGCGAUCAUCGGCUCUCUCGGCCUCAUCUUUCUGUCGAUCUUCGACGCAUUCGACUACUCUACCGUGCACUGGUCUAUGACUGUCAUAUUCGUGUUUUUUGUGGCGGUUUCGGUGCUCUUCCAACUCCUCCAGGUCUUCGAACUCGCCCAUGGUCAUCCCAGCGGAAGAGGCGUUCUGCUGGCUACUGCAAUCAUCAAGGCAAUUAUCCUUGGCUUCUCAAUCAUCGUCUCCAUCAUCUUUGCAACCCUGUACGGUACGUGCCGCGGGAAAGCCCUGCCCGGCGACACGCGCUGCAACCGCAUCACGUCGGUAGCGGCCAUCUGCGAAUGGACCGUGGCUUUCCUGCUCUUCUUCUUCUUCCUCACCUACGUCGCCGACUUUGCGCACCCAAAGCAGGAGAGCCAGAUCGAUGAACCGCAGGCGCGCCAGUCGUCCAUGAAAGAGGUUGAGAACGGCAACGCCGCGUCCGCCGUGGGGCAUGGGCAUGGACCCGGGUACGAGUACGCCACUGCCGCCGACUGCCCCGUCUGCCUCGUGCAUCCGCAUAUGCAUUCGCAGGCUACACUCGCGAACGAGAAUGACGCACCGCAAGCACAGAGGCAAAAGCCGCGUUGAGCUGGAAUUGCGGUCCAGUUUGCGCUAGAAGAGGGCGUAACGGAAACUCGAGACGCACGUCAUGAUCGUGAAUUGGGUUGCACACACCGCAGCUGAUUGGCCGUCGAACUUGCCUUGUACCUCUCACUUUUGCUUAAAGCGAUCACCAUGCAGCGAAGAAAGAGCGAGCUGCUCUGGCUCUCGCCUCGAC